AUGUCAGUACAUAGUAUGAGGCAUGUAUGACCGCGCUUUUCGGACUAUACACUACAAGACGAGGGCCGAGAAGGUCUAGCUUGCGGAGCCGAAUAUCUUCGCUGGACCCCGGUAUACACAGACAUAUACAGAUCAAUCAAGAUGUAUACCUAGAUAUAUAUAUAAGACUACGCUCCCACAUGUCUAAUAAUGACACUAUGUCUACGGAUUAUCAACUCUCUUGUCCUAUCAGAUCUAACAGAUACUUAUUCCUCCUUUCUUCCCCUUCUGGUAAACCGGAGUAAAUAAAAGUUUCUACUACACCGCCUCUAGGUACCCACUAGUAAUAAUAGGCCUUCGUCGAUAAUGCCGCUCAAGGUCCUCAUCGUCGGUGCGGGUAUCUGUGGGCCUGCCUUGGCGACGCUCCUGCGGCGUUCCGACCCGGAGAACAGUAUCACGGUUGUGGAACGACACCCGGGAAUAAGGCAUAACGGCUUACAAAUUGAUCUUCGGGCAUGGGGUGUACCGAUUAUGAAACGGCUUGGGCUUAUCGACGCCGUGAAAGAGAAGUGUGUGCAUGAGAGCGGCAUAACAUUCGUCGACUCCAAGGGCAAACAACACGGCCUGUUCGGCGCCGCAGGAACCGAAACCGGCCAGCAGUCUUUCACUAGCGACUUCGAGAUCCUGCGCGGCGACUUGUGUCAGAUUCUCUACGAGGCUAGUCUCCAAGAUUCAGAUGCAAAGGUAGAUACUCAGAAGAAUCAGGAGAGUACUCCCGAGGGUGAAAAUGGACCCGGCGUCAGCUACUUAUUCGGCGCGACGGUCACGCGACUAGACCAAGAUGAAAAGGGUGUGGAUGUAACUUUCUCAGAUGGUCGGACGAGGCGGUACGACCUAGUAGUCGGAGCCGAUGGCCAGUGGUCGCGAACGCGGCGCAUGAUGUUUGGCGAAGAGGCUGGGCUCGGUAUGUUUAAGCGCCUGAACCUCUACGUCGCGUACUUUACCGUUCCAAAAGAACCCGGGGACGACGACCUGGCGCGCUUCUACCACGCAGGAAAGGGACGCGGCCUAGCCACGCGCACGGGUGACCGGCCUUACACGCAAGCCUACCUGAUGGUGCGCACAGAAUCGGAAGAGGUGCGGCGAGGAAUUGAGCGGCAAUCCGUAGAGGAGCAGAAAGAGUCCUUCGCGAAAAUAUUCCAGGGCUGCGGGUGGCAAAUGGACCGCUUCCUCGAGGGGAUGGCCAAAUCGACUGACUUCUACGCGGACUCUAUCGGGCAGAUUAAAGCGCCUCAUGUGGUCAAGGGACGCAUCGCGCUGAUUGGCGAUGCGGGUUACUGCGCAGCGCCGGUAUCAGGCAUGGGCACGACAGUCUCCCUGAUGGGGGCCUGGACACUGGCCGGAGAGCUAGCGCGACACAAGGGCGACGUACCGACCGCUCUAGAGGCCUACGAUGCGAAGAUUCGUCCAUACGUCGACGAAGCCCAAAAGCUCAUGCCUGGUAUACCCGGAAUUAUGACGUUAGAGUCGAACUGGGCUAUCUCCCUUCUACACCUUAUUGUAUCGAUUAUCUCCUUCUUCAAGAUCGACAAGAUACUCAUGCGUCUCGCGCCCGAAGAAAAGGGUGGCAUACCGGUUCCGGAGUAUCCAGAGCUCAAGGGAGUGUAUCCUGCAUGAAAUGGGAACGGGAAAUGGAAGGGGAGAGGCUAGGGGGCGAGGGAAUCAGGAAGGUCGAUCAAAGUAUUUAAGCCUUGUUUCUUUGAUAUCUGUAGAUUAAAGCAUCAGACUUGCAGGUAAUGGGAUGGGUAGAGCUUCUGAUGUUAGUUUCCUUGUUUUGUUCAAUUAGUAUAUGUAUAUAGGAAGCGAUAUGUAGCUCCUCUCUAUUUAGAUCUCCAAUCUACACUGUAUCAUUUUUGGCAGGGCUCUUGAAACUUUUUUUUAUUUUUUUUUAAAAUUUUUUUUUUU